AUGUGGAGCCAUUAGCCGAAAGGUUCAACAUUCAACGAAGACCUGUUUCUCACUCCAGUUGCUCAGCUUACAAGCUUACCAGCCACUGGAUCCACCUACAAAGUGAACCUGAUUGCCUAUGCAGGCCAAUUCGAGAGCACAGCCUGGCUAGUGGGGCCCACACCUUUCUCGAGCCAGUCACAGUCGAGCUCCAGCACUGAACCAGCCUCCCUGAGCCUGAUUACAGGCAACACCUUCCUCUACCAGCGCCUGCGCACCUACCACGUCCGUGUUCGCAGUAUCCGCAACCCGACGGAGACUACUUUCGGGGACGUCUAUAGUGAUGUGGUGCUUACAUUUAGUCUGAUCGACACAAACAAUAUGAUACCCACAUUCAUAGAUCAGCGUCUCCUCAGCAGCAUCACACUUCCUGAGAAUAGUCCGUUGAACACGGUGGUCUUGACGUUGUAUGCCGUGGACACAGACACUACUCCAGUGGAAUUUAGGACGGUCACCUAUACACUUUUGCCUGGAGCCGACUCGGCUGCUUUCAGGAUACUUGGCAACAAUCUAGUGACAGCCAUAUACCCUUUGGAUCGCUCGAUGAAAAGCACAUAUGUGAUUACAAUCCAAGCACAAGAUGGUGCACCCUCCUCCCUCAGCUAUAGAAAUGGACAACCAAAUAUAGGUAAAUAUUGCUGA